CCAACAGGUGAGACUACUGCUGCACCAACAGAUGAAACAACUAAUGAACCCACAGAUGCACCAACAACUGCUGCACCAACAACUGCUGAACCCACAGUUGCAUCGGGAGAUGGACCAUCAACUGCUGCACCGACAACUGUUGAAAUCACAGAAGCUCCAACAACUGCCGAACCCACAGUUGCAUCGGGAGAUGGACCAACAACUGCUGCACCGACAACUGUUGAAAUCACAGAAGCACCAACAACUGCUGAACCCACAGAUGCACCAACAACUGCUGCACCGACAACUGCUGAACCCACAGAUGCACCAACAACUGCUGCACCGACAACUGCUGAACUCACAGAUGCACCAACAACUGCUGCACCGACAACUGCUGAACCCACAGAUGCACCAACAACUGCUGCACCGACAACUGCUGAACCCACAGAUGCACCAACAACUGCUGCACCGACAACUGCUGAACCCACAGAUGCACCGACAACUGCUGCAGCAACAACAGCUGCUGAACCCACAGAUGCACCAACAACUGAUGCAGCAACAACAACUGCUGAACCCACGGAUGCACCAACAACUGAUGCAGCAACAACUCCUUUAGAAGGUAAGUAAAAAAGACCUUUUACCAGGCUGAUGUUCCUUAUCCAGGGAUAGUUAUCAUGACAACUUGGAUGCUUCGUCUCCCCGUCUCUCUAUGUGACACUGACUUCAUUUCUUCUGGGUAUCCGCUGUCAAUGUCCAGGUUGCGCAGGAGUCAACAUAACCGAGACAAACAGAAUGCAUUUGAGUCUGAUCUUUGAGUUAAGAGAGAUAUACAUGUCGUUUCCGAAGGUCUCCAGUCUCGCUAGUAAUGCUGUUGUUCUGAACAGUACUUUAGGCUUGGAACCUUGAUCUGUGACGACUGCGCCGAGGCCAACCUAGCCAAAUCGUCCGCCGUUGACCCGGAUGUCAAUUCUGAUUCCAUCGUUGUUGUUUGUCGUCAGUUUGGUCUUCUCUGAGGUAAUUUCCAAAGGGUGAGUAGGUCUUUUUCACGGCGAUUCACCAAAGAGGCUAGUUCCUCCUCUUUUCCUGCCAAUCCAUCAAUGUUAUUGGCAAAACGUAAGUUGGUGAUUGUUCUGCCUCCGAUGUUAACUGUUCCUUUGUGAUCUUCCAGAGCUUCAGUCAUAAUUCUCUCGCGAAAGAUGUUGAAAAGAGUCAGUGAGAGCAGACAGCCUUGUCUGACUCCGACUGUGGUUCUGAACCAGUCUCCUAUUUCGCCAUUGAGGUAGACUGCACUCGUGGCCUUGUUGUAGAGGUUCUCGGCUAUGACUUGGAUCAGGUUGGCGUUAAUGUUAUAAAGCGUAAUAGAAGAUCAAAGAGCUUUGUGCCAUACUCUAUCAAACGCCUUUUUAAAAUCAACAAAGACGUGAUAGAGGUCUUGUUGAUGUUGGAGGUACCUCUCACACAGUAUCCUAAGGUUGAAGAUCUGUUCUGUUGUACUGCGUCCUGCUAUGAAGCCUUUGUGUUUUUCCUUGGUGAUUGUUUCUGCCCGAGGCUUUAGCCUGUUUACAGUGCGUCUACUAUAACUGGGGCCACCUAAACAAAGUUGACCAAUCGGAUUACAGGAAAACAACAUUACAUUCCCGGAGAAAGUUAUCGAUCAUGACCGAAAUCAACAACAUAACAUAUAUCGAAAUCAACCAAUUGCAACCUACAGACAGCCAACUGAAGAAAGUACAUGUUUCCCGAGAGGUUAGAGUAAAUGACGCAAGCAAAACACGUAAUCGUUAGUUAAAUUUUGGACUUGAGGUGGUAAUAUUAUUGCAAAGCGCGGCAAUGGUAGCGGAGAAAUAGAUGGUAGAUGACAAAAUAACAGCUUGUGUCAAACAAAUAUCUCCGGGUGUUAUUUGUAAGGUUUUGACGGAAAAACAUUGGUGAAACAUUUUGUUUUCUCUAAAAAAGUUUUCUAUCAACAAUUAAAUCUUGUGCUUCGAGUAACUUAUUGUUUCUUUACGAGCUGCCGAUUGGCCCACAACCACCUUUCUUGGAAUGUACUGUUAUUAUCAUAUAUCAUAGGUGACGAAAUACUCCUUAAUUUUGGCGCGAAAUUUCAGCGUUAAUUUGUAAUUUCACAUGUGAAAUUACAAAAUUGCCAUGGCAACCUUCCGUACGUCUCAGUGUCAAGAUGGCGACGAAGUUUUAAAAUGUCAUGAAUGAAGAUGUCAGGGCAAAAAAGACGCUUUAGAAAACCUGAACACACGAAAGAGCACAUCAAGAAUGAUUCUAACAGGUAUUUUGUCGAAAAAUUCUGAACUUGAGCCAAAUUUAAGCUCUAAACGUUCGAGAGAGUGCAGGAGUUCUCGAUUGAUACGAUCAAGGAUAAAUAUGUCAAAAAUUCAAGAUUGCUAACGUAAUUCGUCACCCAUGAUAUUAAUGGGUAAUCAAAUGGUAUACUCGUGAAAUUAGGGAAUAAUUUCACUCGUCACCAUUUGAUUACACAUACUAAUCUGAUUGGUCAACUUUGUCUAAGUGGCCCCGAUUACAGUAGUCGCACUGUAACAGUAACUUUAACAUGACUUUACUUGGGUGGCAUUGCAGGCUGAUAGUUCUUGCACUUUUUUAGGUUACCUUUCUUGGAAAGGGUAGUGAUCAGAGACUGGCUCCAUAGUAUGAGCCAUUCUCCUGUAUGCCAGAUCUUGUGCGAGAUUUUACAUAAGGCGCAUACUACGGAAUUCCCUCCUGCUUGGACCAGCUUCGACUAUGUGGCUGGACAGUUCUACACACUAUUCUCUCCACCACUUAAGAAUGUCUUGGGCUUCGGUGAGGCAAUUGCCGUUUUUGUCCUGUAUGGUGUUGGUUUAUCUAUGUUUUGUGCUAGUUGGAACUUUCAAUAGCUGAUAUAAUUUAAUGCUUUACCUUAACAAGAAAAAAGGCCCCAGAAGCCUUGCAGCUCUUCAGAACCUCUAAUUUAAUUGGACCCAGAUUGCAUUGUUAACUUUGUUUGUUUAUUGGUUUUCCUACUGGUUGCAAACCAAUCCCGUGAGGCCUUCCGAGAGCUGCAAGAUCGCAAAAAGGCCCCAAGACAACACCUUGCUCUAGUAGAAAUACGCAUAAUUGUUUUGUUUUGCAGGAUUGACUGUGGAGUGUACAAAAGACAAAAUGAUUGUUACACUGGAGUACGCACCAAUCGUCAAAAUUGACCUCGACAAAGUUAUAACGACAGCUGCCGCAACCCCAGAUGCCCCAACACCUGCUGCCCCGACAACUGCUGAACCCACAGAUUCACCAACACCUGCUGCACCGACAACUGCCGAUCCCACAGAUGCACCAACACCUGCUGCACCGACAACUGCUGAUCCCACAGGUGCACCAACACCUGCUGCACCGACAACUGCCGAACCCACAGAUGCACCGACAACGGCUGCACCGACAACUGCCGAACCCACAGAUGCACCAACAACUGCUGCACCGACAACUGCUGAGCCCACAGAUGCACCAACAACUGCUGCACCGACAACUGCUGAACCCACAGAUGCACCGACAACUGCUGCAGCAACAACAACUGCUGAACCCACAGAUGCACCAACA